AUGGGAUCCUUACCAGAAAAGACCAAUACUCCUGAGACCCUCGACUUAAUUGUCGUAGGUGCCGGGAUAUCUGGUAUCAACAGUGCCUAUAGACUGCAAACCGAGUUUCCGCAAGCUACGUUUGCCGUCUUCGAAAACCGAGACAGCGUCGGCGGCACUUGGGAUCUCUUCAGAUAUCCAGGGGUUCGAUCAGACACAGACCUCUACAUGUAUGGCUUUACAUGGAAUCCCUGGCCGUACCCCAAAGCCAUCGGACAAGGUAACCAGAUAAAGGAAUAUCUGGAAACGUCCGUGUCUAAGUACAACCUCGGUCGUCAUAUUCGGUUCAGGCACAAAGUCCUCUCUAUGUAUUGGUCUUCUAAGUCAGCACAGUGGACUGUGACCGUAAGCCAUGAUGGCGUUCACAAGGAGUUUAAGGCACGCUUCGUAAUUCUAGGUACAGGAUACUAUGACUACGAUACUCCACGACAGGCUCAUAUUCCUGGCAUUGAAAACUUCAAAGGCCAGGUUAUCCACCCCCAAUUCUGGCCUGAGAAGUUCGACUAUACCGGCCGAAAUGUAGCCGUCAUCGGCAGCGGAGCAACAGCUGUCACACUUGUGCCCGCCCUAGUGAAGAAGGCUGGCAGAGUUACUAUGAUACAAAGAAGUCCUUCUUACAUAUUAUCCGUGCCCGAUGAUGAUACCCGCCCAGCAUGGAUGCACCCAUUCCUACGAGUGUGGAGCACAAUCUUCUCUUGGUUCGUUAUACUAUUCUGCAAGUAUUAUCCUAUAUAUGCCAAGAGUUAUCUCAUCAAUAAGGCGCUUCCACAGCUGCCAAAAUCUGUCGGCAUUGACCCUCACUUUAUGCCUCGAUAUCUCCCUUGGGAGCAGCGCCUCUGCUGGGCCCCCUCGGGGGACUUUUACCAAGCUCUUCAUGAUCCGAGAGCAAGUAUUGUAACCGGCGCCAUCAAGCGUGUCACAGAGAAGGCUAUUGAGAUGGAUAACGGCCAAAUAGUCGAAACCGAUGUGAUAGUUCCAGCGACAGGACUAAGAACGUUGCUCGGUGGACAUAUUGAUAUCAGAGUGGAUGGUGAAAAGAUUGAGUGGGGAGGCAGAUUCAUAUGGAAUUUCUCAAUGAUCCAGGACAUUCCCAACAUGAUGAUCGUGAUGGCAUACGUCAACAUUCCAUGGACUAUAAACGCCGACUUAGUUACUACUCGUUUUUUCCGAGUUUUGAAGGACAUGCAGAAGCGUGGCGCCAGGACUGUCGUUCCACGCGUUCCGAAGGACUCAACCAUGAAAUCUGAGCCAUUCUCUCCUCUGACGUCGACCUUUUAUACCGAGGUAGAGGAUAGGAUGCCGAAAUAUGGCACAAGCGGGCCAUGGAAAAGAAAGGUUCAUAUUCCCUUUGACUAUAUCAAUGCUCAUUGGGGGGAUGCUACAACUGGUUUGGAAUUCCACCCUUGA